UUCUCAUCCUCAUUCGUAGCGCGUAUUAUGAGGGUCUGAGAGAGCAAACAAUCAUUUGAGCAUAAAGCCAUAAAUCUAUGCGCCAAUAAGAAGGAUUCCAAAGGAGUAAUACGAAACACACACACACACACACACACCAACAGAGGGGAAAGAAUUUCGAGAAUAAGCACAAAAAAAAGGGACAAGCGGACAUGAGACAGCAGAAAGUCGGAGUAUUAUGUGGAAUUUGCGGAAAUACACUUUCUUUUCAGAAGAGGGAACUAAGUGUUACUCGUACUAAGAUCGUAAGUAGCGAGCGAGGAUCUACUGGGCUGCUCGAGGACAUUGGCACAUACUUCACGACGAUCGUCCUCGUAGCUCAGCUUCGACACGACGCUGCUGGUCGCUGCCCCAGGGUCCACCUGCGACUGGAUCUGCAGGGGCAUCUGUUGGAUAUCUUAUGGCACUUACUGCUGCCUAAAGGUUUACCCGCCAUUCUCCACAAUUACUGGGUAUACUAUACUGGAGACUACACUCAACACAAAAAGCCAAGACCAAAUGGCAUUAUAGAGGCAGGCCGGCGGCCUCCUGUUGAUGACGUGAAAAGGAGGCAACAAUAUCAGAGACUUUGCCAGGGCCAUCAUCAAGUUACUUAAGUGAUUUCAAUUUGGUAAAUUUUUUACUGCCACAAGAAAGAAGUUUUAACUGAAGCAAUUGACAGAGAGCUAAAGGACGGCAGAGAUGAAGAGCGGACCCGGCUAAAGUGAGUAAGAGUCGACAAACUGACGGAUUAUAGAGGUGAGUGGAGCCGGGUGGACAUG